CAUAAAAACAAAACCAUGGAGGGACUGAGCGGGAAUUGCUUUGCCUCUCAUUGCAGGGAUUUCAUCUCUCACCCUGCACUGGGACGCCACUCUGGGAAUCUCGCGAAUCACCAGAGUACAGUGUGCCCAGAUAUCACUGCACAACAUAUCGGCCGGCAGUGCCCUGCGCACCAGGCCUCGGGCACAUCACUGAGAUUUGGAAGUCCAUUUUAUGGAUGUCGUCUUUUGUAUCCUCACAACGUAAAUUUGCAACAGAAGGCAUAUUCCUAUCAUCCUGCCGAAAAAUGCAUGGAGUCAAGCAGUGCGCUGCCAGCUGACGAGCUUUCCAGUCGGUCCAAAGAAUUAGGUAUUUAUCCAAGUUUUGCCAGCUCUCAUCAGACAGUUCCCGGCUGUUUGGACGUCCCGGCUGUACCAGGAAUCAGUGCGCACCCAGAGUCACGGCAUGAAACUUUAAUUCCUAUGGGCAGGUAUCAGCACUGGGCAAUGUCGAACGGCUGGGAUGAGCAACUUUAUUGUUCUAAGGAGCAAACACAUUUUAACCACCUAUGGAAGUCCCAGUUUUCGGAUGUGGUGCCACACCAGAUCGAGAUUAAUGGGUUCCCUCGCGGUCGUAAGAAGAGAGUACCUUACAAUAAAAUUCAAUUAAAGGAGCUGGAAAAAGAGUACGCUGCCAGCAUGUUCAUCACCAAAGACAUGAGAAGGCGUAUCUCCGCCGCAACCAAUCUCUCGGAACGCCAGGUGACCAUCUGGUUCCAAAACCGUCGUGUUAAGGAGAAGAAGUUAGUGUGUAAAUCAAUGUUAAGCUCCCACUUGCAUGUAAAUUGAUCAUAAGUGGUGUUGUUAGCGCCAACAAGUUCUUUAUUAAAAAGAAGAAAAAAAAAAAUCAACACACUCAUGUCUAAUAAAAGUUGGCUUGCAGUUGCAUCGCAGUAAUAGAUAGGUUUAGGACAGUUAUCCCUC